GCUUGGUUCAGAGGCGCCUUUCGCGUCGCAAACCCGGGACGCUCCCCCUGCUUGCCUUCUGGAUCCUAACCUCGGAAUUCAUCGUUUUAUUAAACUCCAGAACCUGAAAUUACACUAUGUAGAAGCAGGGAGUCCACAAGGCCCGUUGGUGCUGAUGAUCCAUGGCGCCCCAGAUUUUUGGUUCACCUGGAGGAAGCAGAUACCUGCCUUUGCUAACGAUUUUUGGGUUAUUGCAGUGGACUUGCGCGGCUGCGGCGACUCGGACGUUCCCCGUUGGCGGUCGAAGUAUGGUACCUCGGUCGUCGCAGAGGAUAUUAUUAAUCUUAUACGAAUUUUAGGUCGAAAGAAUGCCCAUCUUCUGUGCGCCGGCAUUGGCGGUCAGAUCGGAUGGCACCUGGCCUACCACUACCCUGAAUUCGUGUCCAAAAUGGUUCUGAUUCACUCUCCUCAUCCUUAUGUAAUCCGCCAGCAAGUCAGGUCUUCAUGGGCGAGCUAUCUCAGAAUCUGGUACCUGUUCUUUCUCCGGUUGCCGAUAUUGCCCGAAAUCGCAGCCCACGUUAAUGACUCGGCCCUCAUUGACAAGAUGUUCCAACCUCUACUUAAAAACAAAUCCGUUACAGAAGAAGAAAUUGAAGCCUAUAAAUUUAUAUUUUCAAGAAGAGAGGAUUGGAUUGGCCCUUUGCACCACCUUCGUCAGAUUAGCGUCAGCAGGAUUAGCACCAGCGAGGCGCUACCAGGUGUGAUUACAAAGCCAACGCUGCUGGUGAUGGGCGACGACGAUUCCUUACUGCCCCUCGAUACAGCUUACAAAUCCGCU